AAAUUAACGAAGGUAGCUGUCAACGCUGUCAACACACAAAAACAUUCUGAUCAAAAUAAACAGACGCGAUUUCAACCAGAAACAUUACCUGAUAGCAAAAAUGGUUUGUGAAAAAUGCGAAAAGAAACUGGACAAAAUAAUAACGCCUGAUCCGUGGAAAAGUGGCGCCCGGAAUACGACAGAGUCUGGCGGUCGCAAAGUCAAUGAAAAUAAGGCACUCACAAGUUCGAAAAGUCGAUUCAAUCCCGUCGAUCAAUCGUUUAAGCCGUGCAGAAUUUGCCGUUCAAAAGUCCAUCAGAUUGGGUCUCACUAUUGUCAGGCGUGCAGCUAUAAGAAAGGGAUCUGUGCAAUGUGCGGCAAGAAAUUGCUCGAUACGAAGAGUUACAGGCAGAGUGCUGCGUAGGAAAACGACUACGGACGAUUUCAUUUAAGGAUAAGUGUGACAGAGUGUGUGGUAAACAAGCGUAUGUAUAUUCUGAACUUUGUACGAAAAUGUUAACAAAAUUAUAAAAAAAAGAUUCUAAAACA